AUGCCCGUUGUCGAUCUGUCCGAUUUGGUAAAAUUACAAAAGAAUAUCGAACUUGUGCGAAAUAUUUGCAUUCUGGCCCAUGUUGAUCAUGGCAAGACAACUCUAGCUGAUUCCUUGGUGGCCAGCAAUGGCAUUAUAUCUCAACGUAUGGCUGGGAAGCUGCGCUAUCUGGACAAUCGUCAAGAUGAACAGGAACGUGGUAUAACCAUGAAAAGUAGCAGCAUUUCGUUGUACUACCAAAGUUUGGGAAAUCAAAGGGAUUUUCUUAUAAAUCUAAUUGACUCGCCGGGCCAUGUGGAUUUUUCCAGUGAAGUUUCUACGGCGGUACGUUUGUGUGAUGGUGCAAUUGUUGUAGUCGAUGUUGUGGAAGGUGUUUGCCCACAGACUCGUGCCUGUUUGCAACAGGUCUAUGUUGAACAAUUGAAGCCGGUAUUGGUACUGAACAAAAUCGAUCGUUUAAUUUUGGAAAAACAAAUGACCCCAUUGGAUGCAUAUUUUCACAUCAUGCAAGUUCUGGAACAAGUUAAUGCCGUGUUGGGUAGCAUAUUCGCUUCGGAUGUAUUGGCCAAGGAGGAUAUUAGUCAUAAAGACAAUUAUGAAUCGGCUUUAGAGGAUAGUGAUGAUUCAAUGUUGUAUUUCAAUCCGGCUGCUGGUAAUGUUGUAUUUUGUUCUGCCUACGAUGGUUGGGCAUUUAGUGUACGAGAUUUUGCUGUCACCUAUGCGGAACGUUUGGAAAUGUCGGCAAAUGAUUUGGAACAGGUGUUAUGGGGUGAUUACUACUAUAAUGCCAAGAAAAAAUGUGCUGCACCCGGUGCCCAGGAAAAGGCCAAAAAGCCUAUGUUUGUACAAUUCAUUUUGGAGAAUAUUUGGAGUUUAUAUGACAUCAUUGCUGUGAGAAAGGAUAAGGAGAAAAUCCCAAUAAUUGCCGAAAAGCUGGGUAUUAAAUUGCAGGCCCGCGAUUUACGUCUGGCUGAUCCAAAGGCACAAAUUAAAACCGUUUUAGGACAAUGGCUGCCAAUUGAUCGCACCAUUUUAGAAAUGGUUGUUAAGCAUGUACCACCACCCAACACAAUCAGUGAUGAACGUGCUCAACGCUUGCUAUAUCCCGAAAAUGCCGAUAUAAGCACUUAUCCUCCAGAAUCAUUGGCUCUUAAAGAAGAUUUAAAACAAUGUAAAUCAGAUUCUGAAAAUAUCAUUGUUUUCGUAUCGAAAAUGACACCGGUUCAUGUACAAAGUUUACCACAAAAUAAACCGAAACGAUUGACCGAACAAGAAUUACAAACGCGACGCGAUGAAGUCCGUAAACGUAUUGAAGAGCGGAAACAAUUGGCCGCAGCUCAACAAGAAUCGGUCGAAAAUAUAACCACCGGUGUUGAACAAAUGACUACGGAAGAAAAGAAAAUAGCACAACAAGAAGCUGACAAGGCGGAGGAGGAGAAAAGACUGGAAGAAGAAAAGCUAGAAGAGGAAAAACAAGAAUUUGUUUUUAUUGCCUUUGCACGUAUCUUUAGUGGAACCUUAAGGAAAGGCAUGAAGUUGUAUAAUUUGGCACCCAAACAUGAUCCACGAAAAGAAGACUCCCUUUCCCUGGACUCACCCCAUGUCAGCGAAGUAACAAUUGGAGAUUUAUAUCUAUUUAUGGGUGGUGAAUUACAAUCCUUAGAUGAAGUUCCUGCGGGGAACAUUGUUGGCAUUGGUGGUCUCGAAAAAGAUAUUGUCAAGUCGGGUACUUUAAGCAACACCAUGUACUGCACCUCAUUUAGCGAACUGAGCAUUAUGGCUACACCAAUUUUCCGUGUUGCCAUAGAACCUGUAAAUCCCUCGGAUAUACGGAAACUAGUUAAAGGCCUUAAAUUACUCAAUCAGGCAGAUGCGUGUGUUCAGGUAUCGGUAGAGCCGACUGGCGAACAUGUUAUUGCCACUCUGGGAGAAGUACAUGUAGAGAAAUGUGUACAUGACUUAGAGGAAAAUUAUGCCAAAAUCAAAGUAAAUGUCUCUAAACCAAUUGUAUCAUUCCGUGAGACUAUUGUGCCUGAAGCUACUGUAGAUAUGGUCAAUGAAGCAAUUGUAAAGACUUCGGAAGAUAAAGACGUCACCAAGAAAAUUGCCACAAUACAAACGCUGAAUAAAUUAUCCACAUUGCGUGUUAUCGCAUUACCUCUUCCACAAACUGUAAUUGAUAUUUUGGAAAAAUAUCAUACAUUCUUCAAAGAAUUAUCGGCAACUAAAUCAUUGAACUCCUCAGAGAAGCAUAAACAAUUAUUACAACAAAUUAAAACACAACUUGUGACCGGUUUAAAAGAAUUCGAUGCAAAAGGACUAACUAAUUUGACUACGGAACAAUUAGUCGAACGUAUUUGGUCUUUCGGUCCUCAUCAUUGUGGGACAAAUAUUUUACUAAACUUAAGUGAUUAUGAACAUCCAUCUAUUUGGAAUGUUAUAGCAAAAACUUCGGAAGAGUGUUCAGAUGUUCGUCGCGAUUAUAACAGCUCUUUUGUAAAUGGUUUUCAAUUGUCCACAUCAGCUGGACCAUUAUGCGAAGAACCAAUACAGGGUGUAUGUUUUAUGGUUCUCGAAUGGUCGGUUGAUACCAGUGACGAUUUGAAUUCCAAGGCUUAUGGACCAUUUUCGGGUCAAGUAUUGACUGCAUCGAAGGAAGUUUGUCGCAUGGCAUUCCAGAAUCAACCUCAACGUUUAGUCAGUCCCAUGUAUAGCUGUAAUAUUGUGGUAAAUGCUGAAGUUUUAGGUAAGUGCAUACAUUUUAUUUAA